UGUCGGGCGCGGCCUGAUGACGUGUCGGGCGCGCUGCCGCUGACGCGGGGAUGCUGCGGAGGGCGGUGUGCGCGCUGCUGGAGCCCGGGGCUCGCGGCCUCCUCCUCGGCUGGAGCAGGGCGGCGGCCCCCGGGCCUGGACGGCGACCGGGUGCGGGGUGGGAGCCGGCCGGCUGUCGCUAUGCUGCGGUGUCGAGGAGGACACCAGAAUUUCCCAGCCAGUUGGAUGAUCUGUCCCCAACUAUGUUGAAGAAAAACUACCAAGAUGUGGCGGUUGUGAGCAAGACUGAUGACGUGGUUCAAAGAUUGUUGUCACUGGAAAUGGCAAGUCAUAGAGAGAAGCUGCAGCUGAAAACCAGCCUUCUGGUGGAGAAGGUGCGGAGGAGUCCCAUUGACGUUGGUUCCACGGAAGUCCAAAUUGCCAUCCUAACAGCAAAAAUUCGGAAUUACCAAGAGCACCUGCAGCUCCACAGAAAGGAUAAGACCAACAAACGUUACAUGUUGCUGGCAAUCGACAGACGGAAGAAGCUGCUCAAGUACCUCCGGCGGACACGCUACGAGGUCUUCGAGAAUGUCUGCACACAGCUGGGUGUUCAAUAUACCUUUCCCCCUGAGUAUUACAGGAAGGCAACACAGCGAUGGGUUGCCAAGAAGGCUUUGUGCUUAAAGGUUUUCCAGGAAGUUAGGAAAAUCCGUGCUGCCGAACGACAGAGGCGCAAGGCAGCGGCUGCAGAGAGAGAACAGUCUGUCAGCAAGGAAGGGACGCCUGUGUGACCUCCGGUGCCUGCAACAUCUGCAUUGCGAUGGAAGGUGUUAAAACUUCAAUGUCCAAUUAAUAAAUAUUUAUCUUUUCAAAU